CCCAAUCACAUCGCCAAGUCGAAAAAUUAGGGGAGACAGAGAAGAAGUUUUUCGAAACCCAAACCCUAGUGCUCGCGUAGAGCGCCAUGAAGAUCCCGUUCGUGACCAAGUGGUCGCACCGAUCGAACGAGCCCGCGGGGCCGUCAAAUUCGGCCGUGGCUUCAGGCCAGCAGCAGGAGCAGCAGCUCCCUCCGCUGCCGUCUCCGUCGGGGUCGUCGGCGCCGGCUGCGGCCCCAUCUCCUUCGCUGCCCGUGGCGACAACAGAGGCGGCAGGGGAUGAGUUUAUUUUGCAGGAGGAGGAGUAUCAGAUGCAGCUGGCGUUAGCGCUAUCGGCGUCGGCGUCAGGAGGCGAUGGCGCGGGCGAUCCCGACGGGGAGCAGAUCAGGAAGGCGAAGCUGAUGAGCCUCGGGAGGGGCGCCCCAGUCGACACCGGUGAUCCUGGUGAUGGAGACACCGCGGAGUCGCUUUCUCGCCGCUACAGGGACUAUAACUUUCUUGAUUACAAUGAGAAAGUAAUUGAUGGAUUCUAUGACAUAUUUGGCAUCUCUGUGGAAUCGUCUGGGCUGGGAAAGAUACCAUCACUGGCAGAACUUCAGAGUAGCAUUGGGGAUCUUGGAUAUGAAGUAAUUGUUGUCGACCAUAAAUUUGAUACUGCCUUACAGGAGAUGAAGGAGGUAGCGGAGUGCUGCUUGUUGGGCUGUCCUGAGAUUACAGUAUUGGUGCGACGGAUAGCUGAAGUUGUUGCAGACCAUAUGGGUGGUCCAGUGAUAGAUGCAAAUGAAAUGAUCACUAGGUGGUUGAGCAAAAGCAUUGAGCAGAGAACAUCACAUCAGACAAGUCUUCUGCACAUUGGGAGCAUAGAGAUAGGCUUGUCGCGCCAUCGUGCCUUACUUUUCAAGAUUCUUGCUGAUAGUGUUGGUAUCCCAUGUAAGCUGGUUAAAGGGAGUCACUACACUGGUCUUGAAGAUGAUGCGAUUAACAUAAUAAAGAUGGACAACAGAAGGGAAUUUUUGGUUGAUGUUAUGGCUGCUCCAGGGACUCUCAUUCCAGCAGAUGUUUUUAAUUCAAGGGGUACUUCAUUCAACUCUAGUCAGGUAUUGGGUCAGAGUCAGGUGGCAAAGUCAGCAAGUAAUAUAAAAAAUGACCCAGUUGCAUUACAGUCUGAGCAUAAACACAACCAAGGGCAUAUGUUUGCCAAUAGUAAUCGAAUAUCAGAUAAUCAGUCAGGCUGUGAGAAUACAGUGACUGCUGGAAGUAGUGCUAGUGAAUCUGGAACAUUGGCCCCUCAGACACGAUUAGGUCAAACAUUAACUUUUACUGGUGCGCCUUCAAAGCAGAAAAAUAAUUUGCAAUUGAUUCCAGAAUCUGAUGAAACUGAAGAGUCCCAAAAACUAUUUGUGGAGUUUGAUCCUUUCAAUGCUACCGAAUCUGGUAGAAGUUCAUUGGCAUUCAAAGGACUAAACAAUAAUAGAAACAAUGAAUUCCAAAGGCGUAGAGAAAAUGGUGUCCCAGCAGCAUCUGGAAGAUCUCAACAGCCAUUGGUGAUGAAAAACUGGUCUGCUUGCAAUGACAUCUCCAAUAACAAGCAAUACAAUAUUGCUGAUGGGUCAGUUUCUCGGAGAAAUGCCAGUGACAAUGUUGCAUCCUCAUCUCAGUUGGCGUUGUCAACUUCAAAGCAUUACAAUUCCAAUGCUAGAGAGCUAAACGAUAGGGUGGUGUACGCAGCACCUGCUCGUAAUUAUGGCAAUAGGAUAGUUGGUAGCUCAGCUAUGCCCAGAGCAUCGACUAAAGAGCACAUUGACAGAUCAUAUGCUCCACCUGCUCUCUAUUAUGGCAAGAUGCUCGGUACCUCUUCUGCCAAUGCAGCUUCUACAUCUGGAAUUGGGAAGGUUGAAGAAAAGGAACCUUGUGAUGAUCUGGGAAAAUAUCCCAUCUAUUCUGCAUUUGAUGGUCAACUUUCUAGCAGUGCGCAAGGAUCUGUUCCCAAAGGGGGUGAGCACAAGGAAAACUGUGGCAGUCAUGGCCACAAAAGAUUUCAUCCUGAUCCAAGAAAGCCCCUUCUUGACAGAUUCAUGGACACACGAAAACAGAAUGCAGAAUGUGUUUCUCCAUCCCAUGUUGGAUCAAGCACAGUUGACAUGGUGUUGGAUGAAGUGUCUGAAUGCGAAAUCCUCUGGGAAGAUCUUGUAAUCGAUGAAAGGAUUGGCAUAGGUUCAUAUGGAGAAGUCUACCAUGCUGAUUGGAAUGGAACUGAAGUAGCUGUAAAGAAGUUCUUGGAUCAAGAGUUUUAUGGUGAUGCUUUGGAUGAAUUUCGUUGCGAAGUGAGGAUUAUGCGUCGGCUCCGUCAUCCAAAUAUUGUUCUCUUUAUGGGUGCCGUAACACGUCCUCCACACUUGUCUAUCGUAUCAGAAUAUCUUCCAAGGGGAAGCUUAUAUCAGAUUAUUCAUCGCCCUAAUUGCCAAAUUGAUGAGAAGCGCAGGAUUAAAAUGGCCCUUGAUGUGGCCAGAGGAAUGAAUUGUCUUCAUACUAGUGUACCAACAAUUGUUCACCGGGAUCUAAAAUCACCAAACUUGUUGGUUGACGAUAAUUGGACUGUUAAGGUCUGUGAUUUUGGACUUUCUCGUUUGAAGCACAGUACAUUUUUGUCAUCAAAAUCCACUGCUGGGACUCCUGAGUGGAUGGCACCAGAAGUUUUGCGGAACGAGCAAUCAAAUGAGAAGUGUGAUAUAUACAGCUUUGGUGUCAUCUUGUGGGAGCUAGCAACACUAAGAAAUCCAUGGCAUGGGAUGAACCAAAUGCAGGUUGUGGGCGCAGUUGGCUUCCAGGACCGACGGCUCGAUAUUCCAAAGGAAGUUGAUCCUAUAGUUGCAUCGAUCAUACGCGAUUGCUGGCAGAAGGAUCCAAACUUGCGUCCUUCUUUCAUCCAAUUAACAAGCUACCUGAAGACGUUGCAAAGGCUAGUAACCCCUUCACAUCAGGAGACAGGAAGCAACCAUGUACCUUAUGAAAUAUCUUUAUACCGCUGAACUGUGCGUGUACCCGAGGGUUGUCAUACACCACCAACUGUGAAUAAGGAGUAAUUAUGAUUUUGUUGCCAUAUUUGGGUCUGGUAGUCUGGAAAUGCAUGGCUUGAUUGAGAGCCUAGUCCCAAUCUAGAUAGCAUUUCACCCUGCUGUUGCAAGCAAAAGCUUGUCCGUGGAGUUGUAAAGUACAGUACAGUAUAGGCCGAUCUGAUGAAAGUCAUAAGAGAAUCAUACCUUUUUAAUUU